GACUGUGUGCGUUGCACUGCUGCCUGUUCUUGUAGUUGUACGCACUGCCAGCUGCGAUUGCCUGCAACCGCCGAAGCCGACACUGAUUCCGUUUCCCGGGGGUUCAGUAUGCAGCCCAGACAUCACCCACCGCCGUCACAUGGCACGCGUUUCCUGCUCAGUCGAGCCUUUGCCGCAGAUCGAGUGGGAUGCGCUUCAGGACGACGGUUACCAUUGGCCAUCCACAGCCAGAGCCACCAAGGAAUCUCAAGCUCAAUCCAGCACUCGGAUUCGGGCUCGAACUUCGAUUGACAGCCUUGAACGAUGACUGCCUGCUGCUGAUUUGCGAACAGCUAAGCCUGGGAGACCAGCUGCGGCUGCUGCAGCUGCAGGAGGAGCGUCUCGGCCUCUUAGUGCUUCGCCUGUGGAGCUGCAAGUACUCCAAGCAAUUCGAUUGGAGCCGGGACAGGUGGCAAUUGAAGCUGCUGAGUUCUGAUGAGCGGUGCCAACUUUUGGAACUCCUAGGGAGUCGGACGAGAGCAUUGCUCAAUCUCCCAGGCGCCAGUGACGAGGGCUGCCGGAAGUGGCUUCAACAGAGGCAAAGCCAGCUUAGUCAUCUUCAAAGACUUGGCUUUUCCAAAAGUGAUACCUUAGUGAUACAAACAGUAGCUAGGAUGUGCCAGAACCUGGUUGAGCUAAAACUGGGUGAAGGAGAGCACUUAGUCAGCAGAGAUUUGAAUGUGUUAUUUGGGCAACUCCAGAAACUGAGAGCCUUUGAGCUAAAGUCUAUGAAAAAUUGCGAGAAGGACAGCUCUCUGAGAAAUCUUCCCCCAAACCUGGAAACCCUUAAGCUGCCCGCCUGCCUCCUUAACUCCUACAUUGCCAAGAUCUUCCAAUUGUCGCGCCUCCGGCUAUUGACGGGCUUUCUGUGUCGGAGUUCAGGACAUUCGGAAGAUGAUGAUGGUGUUGGUGACAAAGCAAAUGCCAGGAACUCUGGUACAGGAACUCUAAAUGCUUGCCUCAGGGAACUUGGCACAGCUCGGCGGCAUCACUGUCACAUUGUGGGCCUCCGCUUGCAGUGUCGCCUAGAUGACAGCCUGUCAUCUACAUCUACGUUCACGGAUGUGCUCCGGCUGCGGUACUUUGCCUGGCACUCGCAGCUGACGGUGCACUGUGAUGUCGCGGAUGGUAGCAUCAGGUGGCGGCCACAGCCACCGCAGGCGGUACUCUCCCUUCUGCCCUUCAUUGCCUCACAGGAGCAGAGUCUGCGGGAAUUGGAUUUCACGCGUAACGCACAUGCCACGCCCACAUUCCUAGCACAGCUAAGCGCCCACUUGAGGCGAUCCAAUGGAUGCCACAGCGUUUCCGUUUGGCAUGACGCCUGCUCCACCCACACCCACUCACUUUCCCAUUUCAGUUCCCAUUCCCAUUGCCCCAAAAUGACGGAUACGGAUACGGCUGAGACAAACGAUUUGGCGUUUGUCGAGCUGGAAUUGCUGCAUUUGCCUAAUGAACAAACGGAAGUGGAAGUGGGCACCGGAGAGAUGACGAUGGCGAUGAGGGAUUACCAUCCCGGCCAGGGAUGAUGACGAUAAUGGAUGGCGCAAAGAUUGCUGACGAUAGUGGGUAGCCAAAUAGCAAAUUAAAUUCAUUUCCUGAAGAGCUUGAAAUUCAAUUUUCAACAAGAAAAUAUUGAAAAUAUAUAC